AAGCCAAAUAGCUGAGUGCGUCUUGAUUCGACCGUCAUAUAUUUUGAUACGAACGACAUUUCUUUGGUAUUGAUCCGUGACACUAUCAGCAAAAAUGACAUCUUUGGGGGUGAACGAAAACCACCAAACCCAGGUUGUUAACUACAUGAGAUUUGCUCGUUACCAGAGAGGACUAAGACUGAGAGCAGUAGAUGCGUGCUUUAAAGAACUCAAAGAUAGUCGGCUGAUUGAGGAAACAUACACUAUAGAUGAGGUAACAGAUAUGCUGGAUGGCUUACUGGCAGUGGUGCGUGGAGAGGUGGAGUCUGAACUGAUCAACACUGCCCAUACCAACGUACUCCUCAUGAGACAGGUGUUCCAGCAGGCAGAGAAAUGGCACCUUAAGAUGCAGGCGGAUAUCUCUGAGCUGGAAAACAGAGAACUCCUGGAAAAGAUAAAAGAUUUUGAAGACCAGGAGUUCUCCGGAACAAAAAGAGAUUCUGACUUCUCAUUUAUGAAGAGCAAACUGGAGCCGCUAAAUGAAGGGGGUGGAGCUGCACUUUUACAUAUGAGAAUUGAAGAGUUGGAUGCUGAAAAUGAGGCACUGAGAAACCGACUUCGGGCAAUUGAAGGGGAGUCUUUUGAUUUGAAAUCUGAGAGAAGCCGUUUGGCUGGAGAUUUAGAGAAGACAAGAGGAGAACUCGGCAAAGCACAGCAGAAAGAUUCUGAUAUUGAUGUGAAUGAGAUUAGGCGCCGGAUGGCAGGACUACAAACGGAGUUAGAAAUAACGAAGAAAAGUGGCGCAGAAACUGAAGCAUCUAUACACGGAGACCUGGUGGCUGCCAAGCAUGAACUUCUGAAAAUACAGGAGAUGUUGGAAAUGGCUCAACAGGAAUUAGAAAAGAAAGUUCACCAGACAAAUAUUGUGAAAAAUAUGAAGCAGAUGUUACAGAAAAAGAACGAACAGUUGAAAGAACUGAGGAAGCGUUUAUCAAAGUACGAGUCCUUGUCAGAUGAUUGAAGUGCAGAACUAAUUUUAAAAACCAACUUAUGUGAUCAGCCUGUUGUACAUUAGUGUAGCCUGCCUGCAUGUUAUGUCCAUGACAAAGAUGUAAAUCUUUCCAGUAUCCAUGAUAAAGGCGUUCCGUCCAGUUGUAUGUCACAUAAGCAUUUAAACACCAAGCUCUAGCUCACCUGUGAGACACUAUAGUGCUACUUGUUGUGGUUGUUAACCUUCAGAAUAUUGUCACAGGACCAUUUAUGACCCAAAUGAUGGCCCAACCUGGUAACAACCAUUAUGAAAUAAAUUGUAUUUUGUCCAUGUUUGACUCCAUAGAAAUUCAUAUUCUGUCAGAAUGUUUUAUCGUGUCAAUCAUGUGGCAUAUCUUCUCAGUGAUGUGUUAUUCCUGAAUAGUUCUGCUCUGGACUGUCUUACCUAUCACAGUAGUCUAGCCUCUGGUCAGACUUAUUCUACACAUUUUGCAUACAUUGGUUAUAAGAAACCCUUGAGAUAAUCUUCAUAUUCAAAUAUUCGUGGAUAUGUUUUAAAUAUCUGUCUGUAGUGAAGUUAGUUUGGUAUUUUUUGUAAGAUGUACAUAUUUUCAUGCUUUCAUAUUUUAAAAUUCUGAAAUCUCUGAUACACUAUUGUUGGGUUACGGAAAGUAAAAAAAUUUUGAUAUUUUCCUACACUUAUGACCUAGCAUGUUAAAAAAAGUUAUCUGAGUAUAGGGUGUCAGUGUAAGUUGAUAACAUGAGGUCAUUAUACAUUGUACUUCUAAGUUCUCUGAAUUUUUGGACUAUAACAGAUAUAUGCCAGUAGCUGAAUGGAAAUCUCAUUCUGAUCUUCAGGUUAAAAAGUUAUUCAUGUUAUAUACUACCUGUCUGAUACCUUAGAACCCGGCUGUGGUGUGUUUUAUACAUCUAGCAUACUGCAGAUUUCAUAACUAGAAACUCUUUGCAGUUACAUUUGUCUAACUCAUUUGCAUCAGUGUUUUUAUGAGAGUAUACUUUAGGUAGAUGUAAUGAUGGACUUUUUUUUGUGUGUGUCAUGCCAUGAGCAUCAGUUUGCAAAAUAUUGCCAUUAACUCAACAGUUGUAGUUUGAUGUCACUGAAGAGAAUUCGGCAGGUGUUAUUUACUGUGGAUAUUAUCUACAAAUGUACACCCUGCAUAGUUUUGUAUAUUUACAUUUACGUGUAUACAUGCAUGUAAUUGUACCAUUGUUACGAAGUGAGUUUUACUGUGUGAAAACAAUCUGUACCUAGUUUGACUAAAAUCUUAUCACAAUAACAGUUACUACAUCCAGUAAAUAAGUAAGUGUUUUGGCAAUAACAUACCUUGCAAAUUGCACUGGUCUGCUGUGCAUGGGUUAUUCCAUCAUGUGUGGGGGCCUCCGUGGCUCAGUUGGUUAGCGCGCUAGCGCAGCGUAAUGACCCAGGAGUCUCUCACCAAUGCGGUCGCUGUGAGUCCAGCUCAUGCUGGCUUCCUCUCCGGCCGUACGUGGGAAGGUCUGCCAGCAACCUGCGGAUGGUCGUGGGUUCCUCCCUGGCUAUGCCCGGUUUCCCCCCACCAUAAGUGAAGUAUUCUUGAGUACGGCGUAAAACACCAAUCAAAUAAAUAAAUAAAUAAAUUCCAUCAUGUGCUUGGGCAUUC